GCUCGCUGCACUACUGUGUGGCUUGUUGCCAUGUUAUAAAUACGAGAACCGCUCUUGCUGUAUUCUCAACAUGGAUGGUUGUUAGGCCAUUUGCGUUGACUCCCUCAAGCAUCAUUCACCCCGGCACUCAAGAUGCGUUCCGGUAUCAUUGUGCCGCUCACAUUGCUGGGCUCUGCGGGUGCCUCAGUCGUGCCCUAUUUGAGGCGAUCGCAACCUGUCUGUGGUCAAGACGAGCUUUCCGACACCCACAAGGAGUUGCUGGAAAGCCGAAUUCAGACUGGAACAAAACCAAGCUACCUCGGCGCACGGGCGGAUGAGGUUAUCGAUAUCAAUGUCUAUCAGCAUGUUGUCGCAUUCAACGAGACGCUGGAGGGCGGAUACCUUUCAGAAGACACGAUGGCCGCACAGUUUCAGCUGAUCCAAGAAUCUUUUGCACCAUACAAUUUCAACCUGAAGCUUGCAGAGACCCGCUGGGUUGUGAAUGAGGAUUUCGCUAGUGUAAACAAGGGGGACGACCACGAAAACGUGGUCAAGCAGGCUCUCCGGAAAGGCACUUACGCCGACCUGAACCUGUUCUAUAUCGCGUACCUAACAGUCGGCAUUGGCAACCAAGGUACGGGCUGGUCAACCUGGCCGUGGGGCAGUGGUGACUGGGCUCCGAACAGCACGUUCCAGCCCACGGAAUUCGACAAGUCUAUCGACGGUUGCUUUAUAAGCUCUACGACUACACCUAACGGGACGAACAGUUGGGGCUUCAAUCAGGGCAAGAUCGCUGUUCAUGAGGCAGGCCAUUGGCUUGGUUUGUACCAUGUGUUCCAAGGCGGGUGUUCCGGCCCCGGAGAUUACGUGAACGAUACUUAUCCACAGGGCUCCGAUACAUUCACGAUUGGAGGUGUCUGUGAUAACGUCGGGACUGGUUGUUUGUUCGGCAAAGAUCCACCAAACUACAAGAAUCACAUGGACUAUUCUGACGACCAAUGUCGUGUAGAGUUCACAAAGGGUCAAGAAGCUCGCAUGCGAUCAAUGUUCAACGAGUUUCGAGCAAACACGGAGUGAAGUUCCUGCACUAUGAUCCCCGGGCCGUACAGGUCAGGGAAAUCUGUGACAGGAACCUACACAAGUUUUGUUCAGAUAUUUCCUACGAGGCUGUGGCAUCUGUGCAGGCGACCUAGCUGUGCGAAACGGUCCUGUGAGCAGUAGAGUAGCCUUGUUGAUACCCAAUGAUCAGAUGUACUCUCCAACGUCUUGUGAGGCUGAUUUGUAUAUGAUACCUAGGCACCUAGUCUCCUCCCGUGGAACAUGUUGGGGAUGAAUACCUAGGUAAUCAGGCCUACUAGCCUACACUACGACCUUCCUCAAAGCUUCCCAGGUUUCUGUAGGCUAUAGUUCCUGAAGUCCUCCUCAGAACAACAUUUGAACAAAGACGAGAUACCUUCAAUUAAGUUGACUGCAAUAACGCAGCAACUGGUUCCUUGACUGUUUCAAAAGUCCGUUCCGAGUGCCUCGGAACAGGACAACCUCCUACGGGACAACCUUAGAUGGGACGCUCCUCUACGGGAGCGCUACUCGGGAGAUAUAUGAGCUGUGGUGACCCCUCCAUGAAGGUUUGACAUUGUUGUGAACACGACUAUGUUACUGUAGUGAUAAAUGUGGUACUUGAUUUGCGUCCUGCCCAA